CAGGGCGGGCCGACGCUCUCAGCUCUCGCCAAAGCGGCCCGCCAUGGCGCCCAAAGAGGACCCCAAGGCCCCCGCCGCGGCCGCGGACAAGGCUGCCGACAAGAAGAAGAAGAAGAAGGAGGAGGAGGAGGUGUCGGAGGAGGACGCAGCGCUGAUUGAGAAGAUGCAGCUGCUCGUGACGCGGUGCUCGGACGUGGAGAAGGGGAUCCGGGUCAACGCGCUGACGGAGAUGUCGCGCGAGAUCCGCGAGGCCACCUCGUCGAUGACCUCCGUUCCCAAGCCGCUCAAGUUUCUCCGGCCGCACUACCCGACCCUCAAGCAGAUCCACACCGGCGGCGGUGACGAGGAGGUCCAAAAGAUGCUCGCCGACGUGCUCUCGGUGCUCGCGAUGACCUAUGCCGAGGCGCGCCCCAGCCGCCCCGACGACGGCGCGCGCGAGUCGCUGCGCUACAAGCUCAUCGGGGCGGGCGGCAAGGUUGGCGCGUGGGGGCACGAGUACGUCCGCCACCUCGCCGCCGAAGUCGGCGAGGAGUACAACGCGCGCCUCGCCGCCGCAGACGCCGCCGCGGACCGCGCGCGCGAGACGGAGGCGGCCAAGGAGGAGGGGGGCGAGGCGGCGGAGAUGGAGACGGCGGAGGCGGAGGGUGCGGCUCCUCUCCUCCCGGCGGAGGAGCUGCUGCCCCUCGUGACGGGCGAGAUGCUCGACGCCCUACCCCCGCACGUCGACGAGGCCAACCAGGAGCGGGUCGUCCUCUACCUCGUGCAGGCUUCCUCCUACGUCGCCUCCUACGUGGCCGAGGUCUCCUCCUACGUGGCCGAGCCCGAGGACGCGCAGGCAGUGCUGCAGGUGGCCAUCGCCAUCCUGCGCAAGCUGCGCCGCUUCCCGGAGGCGAUGCGGCUCGCCCUGCGGCUUCGGGAUGACGACGCCAUCUCCGAGAUCAUGACGGCGUGCGACGACCCCCUCGUCUCCAAGCAGAUGGCCUACAUGCUCGCGCGGCAGGGCGUGCGGCCCGAGAUCGACGGGCUGGCGGAGGAGCUCGACCGGGUGAUGGACGGGGCGCACUUGCCGGAGCACUUCCACGAGCUCGCUCGCGACCUGGACGUCCUCGAGCCAAAGACACCGGACGACAUCUACAAGUCGCACCUCGAGAAGCGGCCCGCCUCGGCCGCCGCCGUCGACUCUGCGCGCGCCAACCUCGCGUCCACCUUCGUCAACGCGUUUGUCAACCUCGGCUUCGGCGCGGACAAGCUGAUGCUGCCCGAGGGCAACAAGUGGCUCUACAAGAACAAGGAGCAUGGCAUGACCUCCGCCGCCGCCUCCCUCGGCGCGCUACGCCAUCUCCCCACAUCUCCCCCACAUCUCCCCACAUCUCCCGCCGCCUCCCUCGGCGCGCGGCGGCUCCGCGACAGCGCGCCAUGGCGACGUGCCCGUCCCUCUCCUCUUGACUGGGCGGCCACCUCCUCGGCCUCUAGGCGGCUCCUCUCCCUACCCCCCCCAGCGGGCGCGCUGCUUGCCGUCGGCAUCCUCAACUGCGGCGUGCGGAACGAGUGCGACCCGGCGCUCGCGCUCCUCAACGACUACGUCGAGCCGGGCGCGGAGACGCCGCAGCUCAAGAUGGGGGCGCUGCUGGGCCUCGGCCUCGCCUACCUCGGCACGCGCAAGGCGGAGGUGCUUGAGCAGCUCGUGCCGGUCGUCGCCGACUUGGACACGCCCCUCGAGGUUGUCGCGAUGGCGUCGCUCUCGCUCGGCCUGACGUUCGCCGGCUCGUGCCACGAGGACAUCACGCAGACAAUCAUCGCGGCGCUGAUGGAGCGCGAGGAGGCGUCGCUCGAGACGGAGUCGCUCACCCGCCUCCUCUGCCUCGGCGUCGGGCUGCUCUACAUCGGGCGGCAGGGCGAGGCCGAUCUCGCCCUCGAGCUGGCCAAGGCGGUGCCCGGCGAGGCGGGCGCCUACUGCGCAAUCACGCUCGAGACGUGCGCCUACGCGGGCACCGGGAACGUGCUCAAGGUGCAGCGGCUGCUCGGGCUCGCGGGAGAGCACAACAACAAGGAGGAGGAGGAGGAGGAGGCCGCGCCGGCGCCGGCGCCGGCGGGGGCGGCGGCGGGCGCCGCGGGGGCAGCGGUGGGGGCAGCGGGGGCGCGCGCGGCGGCGGGCGGCGGCGCGGCGAGCGGCGCGGCGGGCAGCUCGAGCGGCGGCAAGGAGAAGGAGAAGGAGUGGCCUAAGCUGGACGUGCAGGCGGUCGCGACGCUCGGCGUGGCGCUGGUCGCCUCCGGCGAGGAGCUCGGCGCCGAGAUGACCAUCCGCAACUUCAACCACAUCUUCCAGUACGGCGACCCGCCCGUGCGGCGCGCGGUGCCGCUCGGGCUAGCGGUGCUGUCGACCUCCAAGCCGCAGAACGUCAACGGCACGUCCGUGGUCGACACCCUCUCCAAGAUGACGCACGACCCGGACCCCGAGACGGCGACCAACGCCAUCCUCGCCAUGGGGCUCUGCGCGGGAGGGACCAACAACUCGAAGGUGGCGGGCCAGCUGCGCUCGCUCGCAACCUACUACGGCAAGGAGCCGGGGAUGCUCUUUGCGGUGCGCAUCGCACAGGGACUCGUCCACGCGGGCAAGGGCCUCGUCACUCUCUCGCCCUACCACCCGGACCGCUCGCUGCCGCACUUCCCCGCCCUCGCCUCGCUCAUCGCGCUGUGCCACGUCUCGCUCGACUUCAAGGGCCUCAUCCUCGGGAAGCACCACUUCCUGCUCUACCUCCUCGUCGGCGCGAUGCGCCCGCGCAUGCUUGUGGACGCGGACCUCAACCCGCUGCCCGUCACCGUCCGCGUGGGGACGGCCGUCGACGUCGUCGGGCUCGCGGGGCGGCCGAAGACGAUCACGGGCUUCCAGACGCACACCACGCCCGUGCUGCUGGCCAUCGGCGAGCGUGCCGAGCUCGCGACGGACGAGUACCUGCCGCUCACCUCGGUGCUCGAGGGCGUGGUCAUCCUCAAAAAGAACCCAGAGUUCGAGGGGCAGUGAGGAAGCACGGCGAGGCGCGGUAAGACGCGGCGCAUGCGUGGCGAGGCGCGCGGGGGGGGGGACGGGGGGGAUGCCGCCCAGACGCCACACGCACACCCACAGGUGCCACCUCGCCUCGGGAGCCCCGCCGCGACUUGCCAAUUCGCGCCGCCAACAGAACCGUGUCUCUGGCGUCCAACGAGCUUUUUCUGUAUUGAAGAGAGUCUGACGUCUGUCAUCAGUG